AUAACCGGAGGCAUCUUCAGUGGGUUGGUCGUCACUGCAGUGGUUGUCUCCCUGCUGGUUUACAGAAACUGGAGAUAUGAACAAGAGAUUGAGGGUCUACUGUGGAAGAUCGACAGGUCACUUAUUCAGUUCCCCGAGAUGCCUGCCGACUGCUGCAACAAAACCUCAUGCUUAUGCUAUGGUCACAGUGGUAGCCCAACAUGUUGUAAUGCCUUUGUGAUGUCCCUGGAGUCCAGAAACUCACUAGUGCGGGUGUUCUCAUUCAUUGGGAAGUACAAGGGACAGACUGUGGCCCUGAAAACCUACAACAUGGGAACCUCUGCGCUGAGCAGACGGGAGAAGAUGGAGAUGAAAUUGAUGAGGGAACUGCUGCACAAAAAUGUCAACACUUUCAUCGGAGCCUGCCUGGAAGCCUCAGUCCUGACACUGGUCACUGUUUACUGUCACAAGGGCAGCCUUCAG